AUGACGCCGAGCCCCGCGCUGCUGCUGCUGCUGCUGCCGCCGCUGCUGCUGGGGGCCCUGCCGCCCGCCGCCGCCGCCCGAGGCCCCCCGAGGAUGGCGGACAAGGUGGUGCCCCGGCUGGUGGCCCGGCUAGGCCGCACCGUGCGGCUGCAGUGCCCGGUGGAGGGCGACCCGCCGCCGCUGACCAUGUGGACCAAGGACGGCCGCACCAUCCACGGCGGCUGGAGCCGCUUCCGGGUGCUGCCGCAGAGCCUGCGGGUGAAGGAGGUGGAGCGGGAGGACGCGGGCGCCUACGUGUGCAAGGCCACCAACGGCUUCGGCAGCCUCAGCGUCAACUACACGCUCAUCGUCCUGGAGGACACCAGCCCGGCCAGGGAGAGCCCGGGGCACGAGGGCUCCUCCGGGGGCCAGGAGGACCCGGCCAGCAAGCAGUGGGCGCGGCCCCGCUUCACGCAGCCCUCCAAGAUGCGGCGCCGCGUGAUCGCGCGGCCCGUGGGCAGCUCCGUGCGGCUCAAGUGCGUGGCCAGCGGGCACCCGCGGCCGGACAUCGUGUGGCUGAAGGACGACCAGGCGCUGACGCGGCCCGAGGCGGGCGAGCACCGGCGGAAGUGGACGCUGAGCCUCAAGAACCUGCGGCCCGAGGACAGCGGCAAGUACACGUGCCGCGUGUCCAACCGCGCGGGCGCCAUCAACGCCACCUACAAGCUGGACGUGAUCCAGCGCACGCGCUCCAAGCCCGUCCUCACGGGCACGCACCCCGUGAACACCACGGUGGACUUCGGGGGCACCACGUCCUUCCAGUGCAAGGUGCGCAGCGACGUGAAGCCGGUGAUCCAGUGGCUGAAGCGCGUGGAGUACGGCGCCGAGGGCCGCUACAACUCCACCAUCGACGUGGGCGGCCAGAAGUUCGUGGUGCUGCCCACGGGCGACGUGUGGUCGCGGCCCGACGGCUCCUACCUCAACAAGCUGCUCAUCACGCGCGCCCGGCAGGACGACGCGGGCAUGUACAUCUGCCUGGGCGCCAACACCAUGGGCUACAGCUUCCGCAGCGCCUUCCUCACCGUGCUGCCAGACCCGAAGCCGCCGGGGCCCCCCGUGGCGCCCUCGUCCUCGGCCAGCAGCCUGCCAUGGCCCGUGGUGAUCGGCAUCCCGGCCGGCGCCGUGUUCAUCCUGGGCACCGUGCUGCUGUGGCUGUGCCAGGCCAAGCGGAAGCCGUGCGCCGUGCCCGCGCCCCUCCCGUCCGCACACCGGGCGCCCGGGGCCCCUCGCGACCGCGGCGCCGACAAGGACCUGCCCGGGCCGCCCGGCGUGGGGCUGUGCGAGGAGCUCGUCCCCGCGGGCCCCCCGCACCUGCUGGGCCCCAAGCUGUACCCCAAGCUCUACACGGAUGUGCACACGCACACACACACGCACACGCACUCGCACACGCACUCGCACGUGGAGGGCAAGGUCCACCAGCACCAGCACAUCCACUACCAGUGCUAG